GGAGAGAAAGAGAGAUAGCGAGAGAGAGAGACCUCGGCGGAGAGGAGGAGAGAGAGAGGGGAGGAGAGCUCCGUCUCUCCCGGUGCACUUGGCAGUCUAGUUGCGGGCUGCUGUGCUGUUGCUGUCGUGGCGUGGCUGGUCGCGCCAGGCGGGGAACUUCACCACACUGGAGCCCGGAGUCCCACUCUCUCACCUGCGCAGUUCGGAGCUGCCAUGGGUCUCUCGCCUGGAUUUACUGUCCUAAUUAUUCUACCGGCCUUUCUGCUGCACACCAGCGGCCUUUACAUCGCCAGUAGCGUUGACUCCCUGCAGCAUGUCCUGGGGGAGUAUGGACUGGUGAGGCCGAUCAGUGUGGACGCAGAGGGCCGCUUCCUGUCACACGCCGUCUCGGCUGGCCGCAUGGCAGGAGGGCAGUCCCGUAGGCGCCGGAGGAGGGAGGUAGGAGUAGGCAAUGAUGAGUGGGAAGGACCAAGAGAGGAGCCCGUGGCCUUUCGGGAAAGGCUUUACUACAACGUCACCAUCUUCGGCCGGGAGUUCCACCUGCGCCUGCGCCACAACGCCAGGCUGGUGGCCCCCGGAGCCAAGAUGGAGUGGCACGAUGACAGCGACAGCACCCGGCACUCUGAGCCACUGCACGAUGAAUGCUUGUAUGUGGGGGACAUCACAGACACACCGGGAGCCUCUGUGGCUAUCAGCAACUGUGACGGCCUGGCUGGUAUGAUCAGGAUGGAGCAAGAGGAGUUUUUUAUCGAGCCGGUGGAGGGGGGUGACGGAGUGAUAGAGGAGGAGGAGGAGGGAGGAGGAGGAAGGACACACAUCGUCUACCGCUCCUCAGCUGUAAAGAAAGCGCCCAUCAGCAGCACGGCGGCAGACUACCACUCCAGAGGUGCUGAUCUCGGUGGUCUGAUGGACCUGGAGUCUCUGUACCGCGGCGUGGAGCAGAGUAUCAACCAUACAAGAGCGGGCCGAAUGCGCAGACAGAGUCUGGAACGGGCCUACAACAUUGAGGUGCUGCUGGGCGUCGACGACUCGGUGGUCCAGUUUCACGGGAAGGAGCAUGUCCAGAAGUAUCUGCUAACACUCAUGAACAUUGUGAAUGAAAUCUACCAUGACCAGUCUUUGGGAGCAAAGAUCAACGUGGUGCUGGUGCGAAUUAUCAUGCUGGGCUACGGCAAGUCCAUGAGUCUGAUUGAACUGGGGAACCCCUCUCAGAGUCUGGAGAACGUGUGUCGUUGGGCCUUCCUGCAGCAGAAGCAGGACACAGGGGACGCCGAGUACCACGAUCACGCCAUCUUCCUCACACGGCAGGAAUUUGGGCCGACGGGCAUGCAGGGUUACGCCCCAGUGACGGGCAUGUGCCAUCCAGUGAGGAGCUGCACUUUGAACCAUGAGGACGGUUUCUCCUCUGCCUUUGUAGUGGCACAUGAGACCGGACACGUGCUGGGGAUGGAGCACGAUGGCCAGGGCAACCGCUGUGGAGAUGAGGUGCACAUGGGCAGCAUCAUGGCUCCGCUGGUGCAAGCUGCCUUCCACCGCUUUCACUGGUCCAGAUGUAGCAUGCAAGAGCUGGGACGCUACCUUCAUUCCUAUGAUUGUCUCCGUGACGACCCCUUUGACCACAACUGGCCAUCGCUGCCCCAGCUUCCCGGUUUGCACUACUCCAUGAACGAACAGUGUCGCUUUGACUUCGGUGUGGGCUAUACGAUGUGCACCGCGCUACAAAAGGCGGGCCAGUCAGGAACGCAGUAUCGCACAUUUGACCCAUGUAAGCAGCUGUGGUGUAGCCACCCAGACAAUCCCUUCUUCUGCAAGACCAAGAAAGGACCACCCAUCGAUGGCACCAUGUGCGGGAAUGGGAAGCAUUGCUUUAAAGGUCACUGCAUCUGGUUGACACCUGACAUCAUCAAGCAAGAUGGAAACUGGGGCUCAUGGAGUGAGUUUGGCCAGUGCUCCCGCACCUGUGGUGGAGGGGUACAGUUUCGCGCACGCGACUGUGACAAUCCUAGACCAGCCAACGGAGGCCGUACCUGUGUGGGGGCAACUUACCAGUUCCAGAUGUGCAACACCAAUGAGUGCGAGGAUAUCUACAGCGACCCCCGAGAGGAGCAAUGCCACGCUUGGGACCCCCGCUUUGAAAUCCACAGCAACAACAAGCACCACUGGCUGCCUUAUGAACACACAGACCCUAACAAACGCUGCCACCUGCAUUGCAAAUCCAAGGAGACACGAGAUGUUGUCUUAAUGCAGAGAAUGGUCCUGGACGGCACGCGCUGCUCGUACAAGGACCCGCACAGUGUGUGCGUGCGUGGGGAAUGUGAGAAAGUGGGCUGUGAUGGUGUGGUGGGCUCCUCAAAGCAGGAGGACAAAUGUGGAGUGUGUGGAGGAGACAACUCCAGCUGCAAAACCUUCAAAGACACCAUCACGCGUACUGCCAAGAAACAAGGUUUCCUCAAAGUUCUUGAAAUUCCCAGAGGAGCGAGACAUUUACUGAUCCAAGAGCUGAAAGCAACCUCACACACGUUAGCUGUAAAGAACGUGGCAUCAGGACUGUUCUUCUUGAACGGGGAAAACGAAUACCCAGAAUCCCACUCGGUCAUAGAGAAGGGCGUGGAGUGGGAAUACGAGAAUGACAAAGACAAGGAGACGCUUCAGACCACCGGUCCUCUCAGACAUGGAAUUCUGAUAAUGAUGAAAUUACACGGAGAUGAGGAUGUGAAUUUGUCUUAUAAGUACAUGAUGAGCAUGGACAGUGACAGUGACAGUGCCAUUCAGAACAACAUGCUGGUAGAGGACAGUGCCUAUGAGUGGGCUCCAAAGAAAUGGUCCUACUGCUCCAAGGUCUGCGGAGGAGGGAAGCAGUACCUGCGAUACGGCUGCAGAAGAAAAGUCGACAGUAAGAUGGUCCACAAGAGCUUCUGUAACAAAUCCAACAUGAAACCUAGAGGAGACACCAGAGACUGCAACCAGAAGCCCUGCCCUCCACCCAUCUGGGUGACAGGGGAGUGGCAGAACUGCAGCAAACCAUGUGGAAAGACAGGGAUGCAAGUCCGCUCAGUCAGCUGUGUCCAGCCGUCAGAUGACAACACCACGCGCGCCAUCCACAAUAAACACUGCAACGACGAGCGGCCCGAGACCCGCAGAUCCUGCAACCGACACCCCUGCCCCACCCAGUGGAGAGUUGGGCCGUGGUCGCAGUGCUCGGUGACAUGUGGUAAUGGGACCCAGCAGAGACAGGCUCUGUGCCACACCAGGGACAACACCAUCGGCCUGUGUCUGGACAGUAAGCCUGACACCAUCAGAGUCUGUCGCCUGGAUCCAUGUCCCAAGGGCUCAUCAGACCUCAACAAGAAUGGCAACAUCCUGAUCCAGUGGCUGUCUCGCCCUGACCCCAACUUCCCGAAGAUCUCCUCACGCCAGCGUUGUCAUGGAGACCGCUCCGUGUUCUGUCGUAUGGAGGUGCUCAAACGUCACUGCUCUAUACCGGAGUUCAAGCGCAUGUGCUGCAAGUCCUGCAGCAAUGCCACCGUUACAGAGCCUCGACCCAACUCUACCUCCACAUCCACCCCCAUCACCUCCAUCCUGCCCAGUGUUACAGCCCCUCCACCCACCAGCACCCUCAGCUCUGACCUCAGCACCAUUCAACCCACCGGAGCUGUCAGCACCACCAUUAUAGCUUCUACCAUCAAUCCCUGGACCACCACUCAUCCUCCUACCACUACUGCCGCUGUUGCUCAUUCCACCGCAUCCCCACUUAGUGCCACACAAAUGACCACCACUCAUCCUCCAGCUGCCACCAGCUCUCCUGUCCUCCCCACUACCUUAACCAUAACAUCUGCCUCAGUUAGUACAACUUCUACCAGUGUUACUACCCAUUCCCCACCUCUGCCUGCCCCAGACACAGACAAGAACAUGGAUCCACAGUUCCAGAGCACUACAAAUAGUCCAACAACAUCUGGUAUAACUACCACACACUCUCCAGAAACAGCCAGUCCAACUAUGACAAAUCCAACAGAAAGCAGUACAAAAACAGAUGCCCCACUAAAAUCGAAGCCCAAAAAGAUUCCGCCAAAGAAAAACCCCAAGAAGGUGAUUCCACCAAAGAUCAAACCUAAAAAGAAUACAUUAAAAAAUACUACAAGAAAAGAUGUUCCACCGAAGAUCAACCCUAAAAAGAAUACUCCCCUAAAAAAUACGACCAGAAAAGAUAUUCCACCAAAGAUCAAUCCUAAAAAGAAUACGGCCCUAAAAAAUACUACCAGAAAAGAUAUUCCACCAAAAAUUAAUUCUAAAAACAAUACUACACCAAAAAACACUACCAGAAAAUUUGUUCCACCAAAGAUCCAUCCUGAGAAGAAAACAAAGGGUACUCCUACUUCUACCACUGCUGUUCCUCAUUCCACCUCUUUCUUAUUUAUUAUGACACAAAUGACCACCACCCAUUCUCCUGCCUCUACCACUGCUGUUCCUUAUUCUACCUCUUCCUUAUUUAGUACAACACAAAUGACCACCACCCAUCUUCCUGCCUCUACCACUGCUGUUCUUUAUUCCACCUCUUCCUUACUAAGUACAAAGCAAAUGACCACCACUAAUUUGCCUGCCUCUACCACUGCUGUUCCUCAUUCCACCUCUUCCCCACUAACUACGACACAAAUUACCACCACUCAUCCUCCUGCCUCUACCACUGCUGUUUCCCAUUCAACCCUAUCCCCACCCAGUGCCACACAAAUGUUUACCACUCAUGCUACAGCUGCCACCAGCACUCCCGUCCUCCCCACUACCUUUUCCAGGACAACUGCCUCAGUUAUUCUAACUUCUACCAGUGUUACUGCUCAUCCCCUAGAUGAGAACACGGGCCCACAGUUACAGAGCACUACAAAUAGUCCACCAACAUCUGGCACGAUACCUACCACACACUCCCCAGAAUCAACCAGCCCAACUAUGACGAGGCCAAUAGAAAGCAGUCCAGAAAUAGACACCCUGUUACAAUCAAAGCCCAAAAAUAUUCCACCAAAGAAAAACCCCAAAAAGGUGAUUCCACCAAAGAUCAAUCCUAAAAAGAAUACUGCACUUAAAAAUACUACCAGAAAAGAUGUUCCACCAAAGAUCAAUCCUAAAAAGAAGACAGAUGCUAAUCCAAAACAGAAAACCCCCGAAAAAACAACACCCAAAAAGAUUACCCCACUAAAGUCUACUCCCAAAAAGACUACCCCACCAAAGACUACUCCCAAAAAGACUACCACACCAAAGACUACUCCCAAAAAGACUACUCCCAAAAAGACUACCCCACCAAAGACUACUCCCAAAAAGACUACUCCACCAAACACAACUCCCAAAAAGACUACCCUACCAAAGACUACUCCCAAAAAGACUACCCCACCAAAGACUACUCCCAAAAAGACUAUUCCACCAAAGACUACUCCCAAAAAGAUUACUCUGGCAAAAACUAUUCCCAAAAAGACUCCCCUUGUUAAGACCACUCUCAAAAAGACACCUCCGGUGAAGGCUACUCCUGAGAAAAAAAACAAACCCACGCCCAAAAAGGAGUCUCCACCAAAGGCCAAUCCCAAAAAGAACAUUCAACCAAAGACAAAAGUUACAAAGAAAGUGCAAAUAAAAGUUCAAAAGAUCCCAAAACCAGGUACCAAAAAUGCCACACACUCUCAGGCUAAGGUCGAUCAGAACAAGGCUAAGACUAAUCCAAAAAAGAAAACAGUUAAAACAUUUCCCUCAUAUUAUACCACAGCUCCCACUCCAUAUACAAGUCCCGUUCAACUGAGAGAGUACUUCUCUUCCACUAUCACAUCCAGCACUAGUGUAUAUGCAACAGCUGCAGGCGGGCCUUUGCCUGAGUCCAGAAUCAAUGUUACGUACAUCAAUAACAACACAGCAACUUCAGAUGAACCUCCACUGUGGUAUCAGGAUGCUUCAGCCACAACACCCAGCACUUUUGUUGAUGUCGUAACACCAGCUGGAACCGCUAACUUUGAAGAAGUCAGCAUGCCUAGUGGGACGGAGCCAUAUAGUGAUGUCACAAUGACAAGCAGUGGUGAUAUUACAGUGACCAGUGGGACCAUUCCCAGUGGCGAUGACAUCACAGUGUCCUACAGCAACGGGAGAGUGGUCAGUGACACCAUGGUGCUGGACGACAGCUUCACCAUGGUGAUCCCAACCAUCGACAGUGAGGAUAUGACGGACCUCGCUUCCUCGCCCUGGCAGGACCUGUCUGAGUACAUUCCUGUAAGCAUCCCUGUUCCCACAACAACCUCAGACCCUGCCACACUCUCACCUCCCACCACCAUCACUCCGACAACAACAAAAACAGCCAUCACAACUGUCACCCGACCUCAGCAAAGACCAGAAGAGAACAGUGAGGACAACUCGAUCGAUGGCAUAUACAACAGGAUCAUCGGCGUGGACAACGACAUCUCCCAGAACAAUCUCAUCCCAAAGCGACGGGUCAACCUCCGAGAGAGGACCAAGAACAAACGCAUUCAGGAGCUUCUGGAGGAGAAGAGGAACUUUCUCCUCAGGAUGAAGAGAGGCCACGCAGCAUGAUAGACCAAGCCUUUUCAUUUCUCUUAUAGAGAUGCCCUGUGUAACUCCCUCUGAACUGCCAUGGUGCUUUCCGUCAGGCCUUUCCGCACAAAAAAACUCUCUGUGUCAUAUCACUCGCAUGACAAUCAGGACUGUUGCAGAGAGAAAAUACUGUGGCCAAAUGUUUGAACAGUUGCUUUGAAUAAAGAAAAGCUCUUUAGAGUACAGACUGUUGCAGAUUUGAAGCAAAUCGCCUCGUCUGUGUAAAUACAAUAAUGAGAAACAGAAGGGAUAAAAAGUGUCCAUCCAGUUUGCCAGUUUGACCAGCACUUUACAAAUCCAAGCUUCUAUCCCCCCAAACCACCCACAGUCUUGUUUGUGGAUUCAAUGGUGAUGUAGAUAAGGUAUAAUGUUGUUUGUAAAAUGGUAUUAUUCCUACUGGCACUUAUUGAGCAACGAAAUCUCCGACCUAAAAUCCAAAUCUCCAUUUCCGUAUUACAUUACAGCCAAGGACUGCAGCUCAUUUCCCCACAAACAGAUAACACAGCUUCUGUAGGACAGGAUGAAAAUGUCUCCUUGUUAAGUGGCCAGCACUCUGAAUACCAUACACACAGCAAAUUGGAGCUUUUGGAGGCCUGGAAGUGAUAUGGUAAUACAAUACAAUCAGAAAGUCAAAGUUCUGUUAUGGUUUAAUUGAAUUGUAUAAAGUUUACACUGCUUGAAUUGUGUUGCCUUUUCCCAAGCAAACGUCUGUCUGACUACAAAGGGUCUCUCAUCUCUCAGGAAGUUAAGUUACAGUAAUGUUGAGGGACAUUGCCAAACAUGUGGUGCUUCCUGAAUUUUGUUAAUAUAUUUUGAUAUCUCAUUAAGCUAGGGGGAAAACAAAAUAAGUGAAGAGAAAAAAAAUAUUGAUUGCAUUUUUGUUUUUCUUUUUUAACGGUCAGUCAAGUAUGGUGCUUUUUUUGUAAGUGUUGCUAAAAGCAAUGUCCCUUGGCAUUCUUUUAUGUACAAGAAGUACACAUAUAAAAUAUAACAAUAGGAUAAAAAGCCUGUUUGUAUUAACUAUCCAAAUAGAAGCUUUGAGGGCCAGUUUGUUUUCUUUCCUAAAAAAUGUUAUUUUUGGUACACUCUGACGUGCAGCAGCUGCAAAAGCAUCUACGGAUCUUUCUGUACAAUAUCUGUACAUAUGAAAAAGAACUUAAUGUUUAAUAUUUAUUAAAGUUUAAGUGCCUGUGGUAUUUUG